AUGUUCCCACUGCCGAUGUUCACGCCGGACCAGGUCGCUCGGGUGUGCGAGAACUUGGAGGAGACCGGGGACAUCGAGCGCCUCGGCCGGUUCCUCUGGUCGCUGCCGGCCGCCGUGCCGGGCUCCGCCGGGGAGGCGCUGAACCGACACGAGUCCGUGAUGCGAGCGAGAGCGCUGGUCGCCUUCCACGGGGGGAACUUCGAGGGUCUCUACCAGAUCCUCCAGAGCCACCGGUUCACGCGAGAGUCGCACGCCAAGCUUCAAGACCUGUGGCUGGACGCGCACUACCGAGAGGCGGAGAGGCUGCGCGGGCGGCCGCUGGGACCCGUGGAGAAGUACCGGAUCCGCAAGAAGUUCCCCCUGCCCCGCACCAUCUGGGACGGCGAGCAGAAGACGCAUUGCUUUAAGGAAAGGACUCGCAGUCUGUUGAGAGAGUGGUACCUUCAAGACCCUUACCCCAACCCGUCCAGGAAACGCCACCUGGCCCAGGCCACGGGGCUCACGCCCACACAGGUCGGCAACUGGUUCAAGAACCGCCGGCAGAGAGACCGCGCCGCGUCCGCAAAGAACAGAAUGCAGCAGGAUCCUUCCCUCUUGCCCUCGGGAGGCUCAUCCGACGGCUCCCUCCAGGACCGCCGCCACCACCCCCACUUGUUGCCUGCCUCUCCUCGCCACCUGGGCAGCCCGGAGGCGAGCGACUGCAGCACAGACGAGCGCAGGGGAACGGGAGCCUCCACCCCGGAGAUCUCCGUCAGCAGCGACAGCGAGUUCGAGUCUUGA